UUAUGGGCACGAGAGCGUUUAUCACAUAUACGUCCACAACGAUUACUCCCAUGUGAUCCUUUACAUGAUGUACAUCCAGAUGCUAACCCAGCAAAUGAUGUACCACCUGCACCUACACUGGUACAUGGUCUUACACCAGAUGUACCAGCACUUGAUGACCUACCACCAGAGCCUUGUGGGUGUAGGUAA